AUGAACGUAGAUGAGUGGGAACGAGCGCUCGAGAAAGCAGGCCUCGCCCAAGAGUUUUCAGACGUGAUACGAGGUUUCAAAGAAGGUUUCGACCAAGGGAUCCCGAACCACAACUUGGGCCCAGCAACCCCAUACUUCACCCCCCCCAAUCACCAAUCUGCACUAUUGGCCCAAGACAAGAUAGAGCAAUCUAUGAAGAAAGAGGUAGAAGCGGGAAGAAUGUUCGGCCCGUACACCCAUGAACAACUAAUGAAGAAAUUUAGUUUCUUCCGAACAAACCCACUUGGCGCAGCGGUGAACGGAGACGGAUCUAUCAGACCGAUCAACGACCUCUCCUUCCCGAGGAACAACCCUCUAACACCCUCAGUCAACUCCUUUGUCGACAAACUGGACUACGCCACCACUUGGGACGACUUCGAGAACGUCUCUAAGUUCUUUAGGAGGCAAACAGGCCCCCUCCUCCUAGCCCUUUUCGACUGGGAGAAGGCCUAUCGCCAGAUCCCAACAGCGAAAUCUCAAUGGGCCUACCUGAUGGUCAGGGACUUCAACGGUGGGAUCCUCAUUGACACCCGGAUCGCCUUCGGAGGCGUGGCAGGAUGUGGCUCCUUUGGUAGGCCCGCAGAUGCCUGGAAACAACUAAUGCUACACGAAUUCGACCUAGUCACCGUCUUCCGCUGGGUGGACGAUAACUUAUUUGUCAAACACCCCGAUUCUAAAGUAGAGAUGGACCACAUCGUGGCCAGAUCGGAAAGUCUAGGAGUCAAAACAAACUCAACAAAGUACUCGCCCUUCAAAGAAGAGCAAAAGUAUAUCGGAUUCAUCUGGAACGCCACCAGGAAGACAGUACGCCUACCCGACGACAAGAAAUACCAGCGGGUGCAACAAAUAAAAGAGUUCCUCCAGACCGGCUCCGAGUUCUCCUUCAAGCAAGUCGAGGUGAUGGCAGGGAGACUGAACCACGUCUCAUACCUCCUCCCACAACUCCGAUGCUACCUAAAUAGCCUAUACAGAUGGAUGAACGCAUGGGUAUAUAGAUCCAAGGACCUACCCUUACCACCCGGCGCAAGGGUCGACCUGCAAGAGUGGCUAACCAUUCUCCUCUCAUUCAAGGAAACUCGAAUGAUACGAGACCCGGAUCCGAUCGAAAUCGGGUGGAUGGGAGACGCGUCGACUAGCUACGGCAUCGGAAUAACCAUAGGCCGCCGCUGGGCCCAAUUUCAACUCACCAAAGACUGGGACAGAGGUCCCGAGCCAAAACGGGAUAUCGCUUGGCUUGAAACGGUCGCGAUAAGGCUUGGCCUGAUAGCCCUAGCCCAACUCAGCGUGAAACGCGGAAAAACUAUUAUCGUGUGGACCGAUAACACUACGACCGAAAGCGUCAUCCUGAAACGGAAGUCGAAACACCAAGCGGUGAACGACGAAUGGAAGAUCAUACAAAAACUGCUGGUCGAGAUGGAGCUAGACAUAGUUUCUAGGAGGGUUUCAUCAGGCGACAACGUCGCGGACGCACUAUCUAGGGGCAAUAGAGAGGGAAGAAACCCACAACUCCAAAUCCCUAUCACUGUCCCUUUAGACCUGGAACAUAGAAUGUUCCAAUCUGUGUGUUAA